AUGUCUUCCCAGGAUUGCAAGCAAUCUAUAUCUAUAUACACAUACACCAUUGAGGGACUGCUCAGACAGAUGAUUGGACCAGAGACGAGCGAAACGGAGGCAGUUGUAAGAUGGCCGCCACCGUCCUCUAACGCCAGGAGCGAAGAUAUCAUUGAAACAAAACUUCUAGCCCAAGGGCAGCAACUAUACGACGGCUCUACACAAUCUAAGGAGUUUGUAGCCAUAAAGCUGUCAUUGUACAAGAAAAAGGAAGUCAUUUAUGAAGAUAAAAUAUACCUGCGUGUAUGUACCUGGAUAUUGCCCUCGCCAUUAGCUGCCCCAGUCGCGUUGUAUGUAGUGGACGACAAAUCGGAGGGUGUCACAGAAACCACAGUAGAUGAUCUCAGAAACACAGUUGAGGCGAUAGGUGCCAGUUUAGUGACCAUUCCGAGACACAAAGUUACCUCUCAUCCAGAAGGCGAAGUUCUGUCGGCUUGGAUGGCAUGUGGGUUUACUCAGACCACAGAACAAACACAGACCAUGGUGGCUGUUGCAAUGCAUCAAGACGAAGACAGCAAAAGAGAUCUUGUGUUGGGUUCCCACCUGAACUAUUUUACUAUCGGAAAGGUCUGGGGUUUUGAUCGAAUUAUGGCAACUCCGCCUAUGUAUCCAUAUUUCCCACUGGGUGCCUUGCUGGUUUCAUCACUGACUCCCGGUGGAGAAACUCCAGGAAACUGGAAAUUUGGUGAUUAUCCCGUGGGUUAUUUGCCACAAUCCAUGACCCAUUUCAUUAAUUCACAGAAAGUCCAACCUAUUGUGGAAGUCUUCACAGAUUGGUUAGCAAAUGGUGACAUUGCUAGUGUGGUUAAUUUUGUGCCAGCUACUGGACCCAGGGGUUUCAAGGUAGUGACACCAAGUAUGUAUAUAUGCAGAGACCUUCUAUUGGACUUUAGGAAAGACGGAGAGGGAUUUCUCUGUGAAGGCAAGACAUUGAAUGGAAUUGACGCGUCGAUAAAAGUGUCUAAUAUUCUCGCCGACAGAGAAUUUUGGAAAAUGAACCAGCAUUUUCAGAGCUUUAUCGAUUUCAACAGAAAAACUCUUCGAAGGCAGUGA